UUGUCGAGACUUUCAUCACUGUGCUUCAACAGCUAGCUCGGCUCGAGUUACGCUCUCACUCGCGCUGUUAAGCGUUGGAUGGAAAUUAGUGUCAUCGAGGACGACAGUUGGAUUAUCGCUUUCGAUACCGUUCAAUCGACCAUACUGCCACCUGGGACUUGCCGAAGGUCUGGUUUUUAAAUUGUCAGGAUGGAGGUCACAAAGAAGGGCCCUACCCUGUUCGAUUUGCCAGAAAAUAUCAGAAAUAAAAUCUUCGACUUCGCUGCUCUGCGUCGUUCUUGUAUCAUCGACUUCACCCUGGAGCGAGACCGCAUGAAGCGAGACCCGCCUUAUUGUCAUAGAACCGAAACGCGAGCGCAUCGCAGCCCUUGGCUUCCGCUCAGCCGCUGCUAUCAUCCAAAGCUGCCGACACAGCUGUUCCUGUCGUGUCACACCCUGCGCCGGGAGGCCGGUGCCUAUUUCUUCUCCCGUAAUCGCUUCAGCAUGUUUCUUCGCGGCCGGGCAGACUAUAAAAGCUUUGAAGCAUCAUUGCAAUGGGGCUUGGAACAUAUUCGGUACUUGCAUGUGGAUCUCGGUCAUAAGGAUAACCGAACGCUCAAGCUGGCGGGUGGUUCCCACCAAACAUUGUUGACGUGGUGGGCGGAGUUCUGCAAGCUCGCAGCAAUCGACAUGCCGAAUCUCAGAUACUUCAGCCUCAAAUGCAAAGCCUAUGAGCAGGAAGUGGUUGUUCGUGUGAUGCGUGAUAUGGAUCCGUUUCCCAGCCUGUUCAAGUGCGCCUUCUAUUUCAGCAAUGAUCAGGACAAGAUCUAUAGUUUCCUGCCUGUGAUGAAGCGCACGGCGCGCCGCCUGACGGACAAUCUUGAUGUCCCGCCCUUUCCGUUCAUGUAUCUGCCCCGGGAACUUCAGCUGAUGGUGCUCGGGCACCUGCUCAUCUGUCGUUCCGAUCCGUGCAUGGCCGAACCUGCUCCGGGCCUGAUCGUCUUGGAUUACCGCGACCGUCUGCGCUUCAAAUCCUGCUGUGGCACCUGCUCGCCGGUUGGAGGCAUUUGCUUCUGUGAUAAGACCGAGACGGUAUUUUCGACGGGCUGCACCUGCUUCGCCUCGCCAUUGCGCUAUUUCCUGGUUAGUCGGGAGUUCCAUGAGCUCGCUCGUAAGGUCUUCUGGGGCCGCAACAGAUUUAUGUUUGUGGAGGAGGAUCCGACCUACACCAUGGGCUUCCUGAGUGGCAUUCCCACGGAAUCAACGAUUCUGGUGCAGCACUUGACCUUCCACUUUCCCUUGUGCUUUCGGCCCACCCCGCAGACGGGAGCCCGCUCCGCGGACGCGAAUCUGCGGCACUGGGCAGUUCUGCGCCGUUUCAUCCGGGAGCACUUUGAUCUGGCGCGCCUAACCCUGAAGAUCCAUGACCAGGGCCGGGCCACGUCAAUGUACACGAUGGACAACCGCAAGAGAUAUUUGCGCCGGCUGCUUAUGGAGUUUACCGACAUGAGAGGGCUGCGAGGGUACCGGGUGUAUCUGCGAGAUGACCGCGGGUUCGAGAGACAGGCCGUGAUGGCUGUCAUGGGGCGAUGGGCUCCUUGAGAUGCCGCGAUGCCUAUCGGGUCUUGGUUCUUUCUCGUCUCUGGCAGAACAGGGACACAUAUCUUCGUGGUUUGAUGGUUGUUGCAGAUAGCGAGUUGAUGCACAUAGAUGCGUGUUGUGCUUUUCUUUUCUUUUCUCCACUUUUUCUUCUC